GUCCAGUCCAUCAAAAGAAGUUUCUCGUCAUUCGUCAUCGUCGCUUCGUCGCAGUCGCUGUUGGUUGCGGAUGCUUUCGCGCGAGUGUCAUUUCUGUCGGAAACCAUCAAAAAAAAAUUCGAGUGAUAUCAUCAGUCAUCGUCGUCAGCAGCUUCUCUCGUUCGGAUCGGGGUGAGGCUAUUUUGACUACAGUUUUUGGUGCAUUGUCGGCCGGAUAGCAAAACGCCGAAGAUUUUCCGUUCAAUUUCCGGUGGUGUCUUCGGGUUUUAUCCGGUAUUCGGUCCCGGUGAUUUUCCGGUGACGGCACGGACCGAACAAAUCGUAUAACAGAAGAAGCUCGAGUUACGGAUAAUGGCGUGAACAAAGUAAACAUUAUUCCUUCUUUCGAUUAGACUGGGUGGUAAAGUGUUUUGUUCUUUGCGGAUUAAACUUUGUUUCCCGGAUUCAGUAGACUGAAGCUGGUCCUAUUCGAUGUAUCAACAUAGAGAUUCAAUGCUGGGUGGAGGAAGUGCCAGGUCGAUUUGAUGUGCGCUCCCGGAUCGGAGUGACAGUGAAGCGUAUCGAGAGGAGAUCGACACGGCACAGCCGAAACAAACGGAAAAAGGGGGGAGUCAAACACGUGUGAAGAAGAAAGUACCGGGUGGAAAACGGUGUUUGUGCGAAGGUACACAAGAAGAAGAUGAUAAAAGAUUCGAAAAUGUAAAAAAAAAUAAAUGUGAUAAAUUCGACGUGUGAUCUCCUAACAAGAAAACGUGAUCUGGAGAUACAUAGUAAAAAAAGAGAGAGAAAUAGCGUGAGUGAGUGAGUGAGAGUGGAGCUGUAAAAAGGGGCUGUGCUGGACAUACAGCAGGGAAUUAAUUCACCCUUGUCGUAUAUAGUUGGUCGUGCUGCUGUGACGACGGUGGCGUACGGAGCACCCUGACUUUACCGCACAUCGGUCAGCAGUACCCGAACUGGCUGCCCUGUUGUCGUCGUUGCUCUGUUGUUGGUUUGCGGUCUUUGACACACAAAGAAGAAAACAAGAAUUCCACCGCAUAUGAAACAGUCGUCGACCGCGGCCGGUCAAGGCACCAGAAGAAGCACGUAGGGGAAGCAAGCACAAGGUGCUCCAAGAGCGGUGAGCUAAGUGAGUGUUUCGCGUCCGCCGUAGAUACCCAGGCGGGCUGUCCAGCACACACAAGUUUUUGUGCUUCAAUACGAGUGAGUCAAUCGGAAUAGUGAAAUACCUUUAACCGGAGCAGCACGAAGAAAGAGAAGAGCACUGUAGUAGGAGUAGCACCAUCAGUCCAAUCAUUCGACAGAAAGAAAACGAACGAAAACAACGCACAAGACACCGGUAGUGGAAAAAAAGGAAGAAAUGGAGAAAACUGGAGUCAGUGCCAUCGUAGAGUACGACUACAGCGCCAAAGAGUCGGAUGAGCUGUCGCUGAAGCGAGGUGCCACCAUUACAAACAUCAAAAUUCAGCCGGGCGGCUGGUGGGAAGGCACACUGUUAGGUACCGGCCGGACCGGUAUGUUUCCGGACAACUUUGUCCGGGUGCUCGAACCAGACGACACAAACCCAGUCGUUUUAAGAGACAAAACAGCCGCCCAAAACCGACGAUGUAAGGUCAUCUAUAGCUACCAGGAGAACAAACCCGAUGAACUCACGCUGGCCGUAGGGGAUAUCGUGGAAAUCUUCGAGGAAGUGGAGGAAGGCUGGUGGAAAGGCAAACUAAAAGGCAAAACGGGAGUUUUUCCCUCAAACUUCGUCGAGAUAAUCGAGUCGGCAUCGCCCAUGUCGGCCAAUCGAAAGAGCAGUAUCGGUUCGAAGCCGCCCCUCCAGGUGGAAGGCUCCGGAACGGUGGGCGGUGUCCCCGUUCUUCCCACCGGCCUAACGGGAAGCCUAUCCAAAUCUAACAGCUUGAACAAAAGCCGCAGCAGUCUGAACAGUUCCCGGGAGAAUCUGGACGAGGUGAUACCGACCCAACUGCCACACGACGCUCCAUCGCUUCCGCCGAAACCGGUCCGGGAGCAGUGCAAGGUUUUGUUUGCGUAUGCACCGGCCAACGAGGACGAGCUGCGACUCGUCGAAGGAGACGUGAUUACCAUUCUGAGCAAGGACCUGCCGGACAAAGGAUGGUGGAAGGGUGAAUUGAAAGGACGCGUCGGAGUGUUUCCCGAUAACUUUGUUAGUAUGCUGCCAACGGAAUCUUCUCCGGUGAAAGAACCUUUCCAAUCCAAACCUGUACGCCCUCCUCUGUCGAACAAAGUGGUUAUUGGAAAGCAAAACAACAAUCAGUCUGCAACAACCAACGCCUACCGGAAGGAAAGUUUCGGUUCGAAGGAUUCACUCAACGAGUCUACUAAUAGCAGCAGCACAGCGACUGGUUCCCCCACUGUCGGAAACGUAGCCGCUCACCGGAGGUCACUGGAAACACGCAACACCGAAAAUCAUCACUCCUCGACGGCGCUGAAUAACGCAGCCAACGCAUCCACCGUGGCGCCAUCCCAGAUAACGGAAAAGCCUCCGCGAAAAAGUUUGGACAAUAAGACAUCCGAGAUACGCAAGAGUCUGGAAAAUUUAGACGAGAAGAAAGCAACACCCCCACCGUUGCUGGGCAAGAAACCCCAAGUGCCCAUCAAAAAGAGUCCAUCGAUUACCAGUGUGACGGGUAAUUUAUUUGGGUUUAAUAAGAAGUCGAAAAACAACAGCGAAGGGAAGGUCCAGGAUGGUACGGAUGGUGUUGGUGGAAGUAAAAUGAAAUCAGAAGUGGCUGACAACAAUGAGAAGAAUGUGAGUGGCGAGAGGUUGUCACGAGAGGAAUCGGAAUUCGGCGGCAUCGAGCGAGGAUCAGUGUUGAAAGAUAUGCGGGCGAAUAGAGCGAAGGCACCGAAGAGAAGGCCUCCUACUUCAGCAGGAAUUGUUAUUGGAGAGUCAUCAGCAAGCAAUGGGUUGAGCAAUGGCAAUUCGGGAUUGUUCCAUCAGUUGUCACAAGGGGCGGAACCGGAAUCGCCCAAGCCGGAUCUGUUGAAUGUAAGCCAUCAUAGUAAUAGUAAUGAGGAAGAGUUCAUUGCCAAGCCGAAAGCUCGAGAGUGGGAAAAGCAUAAAGUACCAUGGAUGGACGAAUUGAAAGCAAGUCAGGCUAAGAAGACCUCUCCGAAUGUGAGCGAAUCAAAAUCCCCCGAACACCAUGCCGUGACGUCUACGUCAACCAAUCACCACCAAGAGCUGCAGGAGUCCACGUUCGACAAUAUUUCCAAAUCGUUCCAUAUGAGCUCUAGCACCUCCAGUUCGACAUCGGUAUCGGCUUCUGGUCGAGCAAGACUAUCCGAACGGGCCGCUACGACGAGUGUAGCGGAUGUUACGUCCUCUAGUAUGGCGAAUAACGUUAACAAUAAUAGUUCCUUCGACUUGAUUGCGUCCAGUAGAAAGGAGACGACCAGCAACAGCCAUCAGCAUUUGUUAACCAAUAGUAGCGUUGAUCAUUCCAGCAGCAACAGCACCACCAACAGCAGUAGUAGCACGAGCACCACUACCACCAACGUUAUGACUAAGUCAAUGUCUGCCCUUUCAACCAAGAUUGCCAUUUCGUCGUCUGAUAGUGCCACUAAUAGCGGCGCCAACGACGUCGCUCCUUCCAGUACCAAUCGACCGGUAAGUGUAAAUCUGCGUAACCGUAGCAUAUCACCGACACCGAUCACCCGCAAUACCAAGACAAUCCACAUAACGUCGAACACUGCCGCCGGAACAACGGAGGUAUCGACAUUGGCGACCAACAACGGAACGAGCACCACUGCCAUCGGUGGCGGCGCUCCCGUCACUUCGGACAACGUCUGCUCCCGGGUGCAGGAUCUCGAGCAGAAGGUGACCCGGAUGGAGCGGCAACUGACCACCCAGAACCAGCUGAUCGAGGACUUGAAGCGGCUACUACGCGACGAAUCGGACAAGGUGAAAACCCUCCAGAAGGAGCUGGAAAAGUACGCACAGUGCGUGACACAGGUAUGAUAAAAGUCGUUCAUACACACGUUUGUACCUUACCCCUUGUAUCAUUAUUGUUUUGUGUAAUAGCAUUCGAACCGAUUUUGUUGCUUUUACAUGACCCCGCGCGCGGUUCUUAAUCCAAAUACGCUUAGCGUAAUGGAGUCGCGAGGUGCAAAAACAAGCGCAAACAUUCAUCAAUAAAACAAAUACAUUCCUUGCUCUGCAAAUUCCCCAGCGCGCACGUUUUCCCUUUUAUCGACCAUUCUUUAGUAAAUCGUAAUCGUGCUGUAAAAUAGGAUUUACGCUUCCUAUCUACGAUAGAACUGUGCAAGAGACGUUUAGUCUGAUCUAGAACCACACAAUAAAUGAAACUUUUUACGCCUCUAAUACAAACACAAAUUUACCGUCUAUUCACUUUAUAACGUUAUCAAGCAAGAAACAAGCGAUACACACAACUAAACGGCAGAUGAUGAUUUGACCAAAUCGAUGAUCAUGUGACACACAUUCUUCAUCAAUAGCACCAAUAGAGUAUUAUCACUUCUUUGUGUAGUUAAACAGCAGGUGGAAUAGGAUUCCCGGUGUCUUGGCAGAAUUCGGUUUGAAUCGAACAUUUCUGGGUGCAGACUGCAAGGUGAAACUGCCAACGUCAUUUAAUAGGAGGAUACGCUUAUCUGAAAAGACAGGACAGGUGAUGGCUCAUGGUUGUGUGCUUGACGCACAAAAUAAAAGAUAAAAAUUUGGUAUUAAAAGAUCGUUCUUCCCGUAUGCCCCAAUCUCUAAAAAAUGGCUUUUUUUGUACGACUACAACAGAAAUAUAACAUUCCAAUAAAUGUUUAUGAUUGUGCGAUUUGAAAAUAGGGUAAAUACUUGUAUUUUGUCUGAAUCUGGGAAAAAAAUCAAUUACAAAGCGGACGAUUUUUUCAUAAGAUGUUAGUGUUGGUAGUGAUGAGAAUAAGAUUCAAAGGAAAAAAAUGAUAAAAUUGAGACAGUUUUCACUUCAAUUGAACUGAACUCGAGUGGCGUUCUCUUUUCGCUAAUGUGGUCGGAUUGGAUUCUGACGACCAACUGCCAAAACCUCACACAACCCUUAAUCAAGCGCAGUUGCUGAUGAAGCAAGUGUGUAGUAGGAGAUAGACAAUACUAAAUACUCAUCCUAUUUGGUUGGCAUUGUACAAACAACACAUGAGAGAGAGUUAGUUCUGCAAAUAGAUUGCGAGAGUUCGGCUAUGUGGUUGGUGCUUGGAGCUUGGUUUCAUCACUUCCCGCUAAGCUGUAGAGGACGAUGGACGUCCUCCGUAGUUUACUAGGGAAAGAACCUAAAUCAUAUUCGGAGGCUAUUUUUCUACUAUAGAAACGAUCAAAACAAUAUCAACCUAAGUAAUCAAAAUUGAUUAUUUCACUUAUUUCACAUUUCAACAAAAAAAAGUUAUCGAUAUGCCCUCCAGCUUUUCUCGGGUAGGAGCAUAUGUAGGAUCUCCGAAUUUGCAUGCUACCAUCGAAUGCACUGCGAAAGACAAAUUGGAAAGCACAUCACCCUGCUCCAAUCCAUCUAAGGUUGCAAACGAAGUUGUCACUUCGUCAUCAAUACUAAUAUUUGAUUUCGAACCAUCUAGUGUUGCACAUAUGCCUUAUCAGUUUCGCCAGCAAACCAUGAUCAGGCAUCAUCUGCCACAUCUGCCAUCUUUUCAUCGAAUCGGACUUUGAAAUCAAUUAACAGUUGGUGAGUCUGCAAGUUUAACUUCCGCAAUUUAUCUAGGAUCAUUCGCAAACUGUCCGCUUCUGGAUAGUUGCGCACGAAUUGUACGAAUCAGUACGAGCUCUAUAAUCUCCAGAAAAGCCAGCCCAUCCAUACAUUCCGAGUUCGAAGGCAUAUUAACUACUUCGACCAUAUAAACGAAUCAUUUGAUUCAUUUGCUGAUAAUAAAAAGACUGGUGCUUCGGAGCAAAAUGAAGAAAAAUUAACACCCGCCUGAAGUUUAGCAAUGCUUCUCGAUAAUCAUUGCAAUACACUUUGGUUUGAAUUCGAUCCCUAGAUAAUGAAGACCCACAUUGAUUUCAAGUAAUCGUACAAAAAUAUGCGCAAAUAAAGUAUCACGCACAAAUUAUCAUUCCUAUUAUUGGCACAUCUUCAAGUCAUCACGAUUCCCACGUACUUUCUAACGUUCCUCAACAAAUUAAAACAAAUGAGUAUUUUUUUGCAUUUAUUUUGGAAAAUGUGUAUUAUUUGCCUCUAUUAAAUUAAGUGAUCGCACUUAUUUAUUUUACAAUUUAAAAAUUAAAAAUUCAAUACAGAUUUCCACGAAAAAAAAAUACUUCAUUGAGUAGAGCAACACAAAAUCGCAACAAGGAAUUCUAAGGCAUGUGAAACGAUGGUUACUGAAGUUGAAACGUUCAAGUGAAUGCGCCCAACAAGCAACAAGAAAUAUUAAGGUGAUAAGAUUGUGAACAAUAGCCGCCAAGUGCUACCUAACUAAGCAGGUUAAUGUUUGUUGGUAUGGAAGAAACAAAUAAUAUACCCUAAAAGUCCAAGCCCAAUUAAUAAUUAGUCGAUUAGUGGAUAUGGUUUUACAUGAAUAAUGGGCCUGCGGUUGAACUACGUGAUUCAAGAGGCACACAUUUCGUCCCGCAAAGAAAAUCGACGCAAAAAACGAACCCGUUAGAACGAACUGUGCACCCACUUACAUUCACCUACACAAACGUAUUGCAAACGACGCAAAAAUGUUUGCCAUUUUUUUUCUUGUGUACAUAUUUAAUAGCGAAGUAAAAAUAUAUACCGUAUUAUAUACAUACUUACUUAUUUUUAUUUAGCAAUUAGGGAUUCCAUAUGAAGAAAGCAUACAAUCGCUUUAUACAUUAUACAAUAUUGAAACACUUCAUGAUACAUGAUAAAACAAUUUAUGUAAUGAUAAAUAUUCUAAUAAAUUCGCUUUUUGCAAAUAGAAUUAAAAUU